AGGAAGUUAAGUGUUACAUGAAAAAUUGGCCACUACAGGCCCUACACUGAAACUCACAGAUUGAGACAACACGUUUACACGAUACCCUGACUGUAGGUGGAACGUGGGCGACAAGAUUUAUAAACGUCGGACUUGAACGGCAAAAUCUAUUGAGUCGUACUCACUCCCUACUGAUCAUGACAGCCGCUGCCAAUGAAGAGGUUCGCUAUGUGAUCCAGUGUCAUCGUGCGAAGAGUGACAGGAUUCUUUAUUCCCGGGUGAGCCGCAGAGAUGAAGUGCUGUCAGUGUGCCUCACUCGGUUCGCUGCGUUUGUCUCUAUACUUCUGUCGUGUGCUGCACUCCUACUACACGCAUAUCAACAUAAAGCAGCGGGCAACCAGCUCACUUCAGCGGGAAGCUAUUCUAUAGGCAGUCUUCAGCAGCAGCAAGUUAGAACCAAUCCAAGUGCUCAUCUGACAGCUCCAGCCUCAUUUAAUGAUUCGAAGAGGGAAUACCUUGAAUGGGAGGACAAACUUGGACUUGCUCACCUCAGCGACUUUGAGUAUGAUGACGGCGACCUCAUCGUACCGAAAGAUGGCGUGUACGAGGUUUACCUGCAGAUCACCUUCCGAAGACCUAGUCACUUUGUGUGUAGCAAAGAGGGCCCUGUUUUCAUCCUCUCCCAGAGGGUGAUCCUGUUUGCAAUGAACUACAAGAAUAACAGAGAACUCCUAACAGCAUCUGAUACAGUGUACUGCAGUGGGCCCCCUGGCUCAGAGGGCUGCAUGGAGGAGGACUCAGUGGUUCCUUACUGGGAAAAGUCUCCACGCACAUCCGGAGUGUUUAAACUAAAAGCUGGGGACAGGCUUAGAGUGAGUAACGAGGACAGGUACCAUGAGUUGAUGCUCCUUCAAGAAGACAAGACAUUUUUUGGGGCACAUCUCAUUUGAGGUACAGGGAUAAUAAUGGACUUUAGGGCUGUAUAUAUGUCUGCUUUAGGUUUCUAUUUUUUAUUGAAUAAGUUGUGACUUGUGUCAACUGCUACAUAAUGAGAGCAGGGCUUUGUUGAAAUGAUUGUAACCACUAUCACUUAUCAGACAAAUGUCAUAUCUGUUCACUAUAUACUUUAUUUAUUUCUGGAGAGUUUUGAUUUGAGAAUGAUUUGAGAAUGUGCAUGAAAGAGCACUUGAAGUACAACAUUGCAAUGUUAUUAUGAUCUCAAGCGUGGCCAUAAAUAACUUCUUAUUCAGUAAAACAGUGAUGUUGCUAUAGGGUUGUCCCAAUUCUGAUCUUUAUCCACAAAUUGGUCUUUUGACCAAUCAGCUCUUUUGACAAUAAUUUGGCACAAGAUCAGAAUUGGGCUGUCUGUGUAAAUGCAGCCUAUGACAAGUACAAGCUGGGAAAUGUAUGCCGAGUCAGCAGGUUGCAUUAGUGGGGAGGACACAAGGGUGGUCACGUGCUUGCAGGGCAGAGGCCCAGAGUUCCAGUCUCGGCGUGGUCUGAUGGUUAAGGAAGAAGUACAGUCAAGCACGGUGACGUCCGUCACACAGACAAAUAGGGAACUUUAGAUGAGAUUGAUGAUCUUACCCAAAUGCGGUGUGUGGUAUUCAACUUAAUUUCUGUUAGAAGUAAGUAGAGUCCAACCCUGGGCUGUUGAAAGUGUUUGUGGGGUGACAGUUCCUACGUAGUAAAAGAAGCAGACUAGUUACUAGAGGGCUGCUGGUUGAAACCCCCAGGGCUGAUGAGGAAUGUCUGAGUUGUUCUCUUGAGCAACACAUUUAAUCUCAACUGCUCCAUGAGUGCCUCUCUACGGUUGACCCUGCGGUGUUCCCAGCCUGUCCCGUGGGGUUGGGUACUGUGUCAGCUACACGUGUCCUUAAAGCUCAUUCAGUUUUCUACGGUAUAAAACAAAGUAAAAGUGACAUUUGAGGUGUGUUUCCAGCAGAUAAACAACAGUAUGGGCGUACACUGUGUUUACCACCUCAACCUAACCUUACUUAGGAAUGCAUGGCAUGCACGCUAUUGCACCAUUGUGUGACAGACAACACCCAUUGUUGUAAAUGUUGAUACAAUGAUGCCAGGCUUCCUGUUUACACAGGCUAAUCAGUGCCUUCAGAGAGUAUUCACACCCCUUGACUUUUCCACAUUUUGUUGUGAGCCUGAAUUUAAAAUGGAUGAAAUUGAGAUUUGGGUGUCACUGGCCUACACGCAAUACCACAUCAUGUCAAAGUGGAAUUAUGUUUUUUGACAUUUUUACAAAGUAAUAAAAAAUGAAAAGCUCAAAUGUCUUGUGUCAAUAAGUAUUCAACCCCUUUGUUAUGACAAGCUUACUUAAGUUCAGUAGUAAACAUGUGCUUAAUAAGUCACAUUAAACGUUGCAUGGACUCUGUGUGCAAUAAUAGUUUUUAACGUGAUUAUUUAAUGACUAACUCAUCUCUGUGCCCCACACAUACAAUUA